CCUAGGUAGCCAUUAUGGAGGUAGCCAUUUCAGCCUACUACCUCAAAUCAGGUACAUAACCUACACUCAUAAAUAAUCGCGACAAUUUCUGGUCAGCUUCGAUUGUUAUACCUAGCACGUGAGCGCAUCAAGCUUGGAUCUCUGCAAGGCGCAUACUUUUUUUUUUUUCUUUCCGGGGAAUUUUCUUAAUCUUUUUUUCCUUCUGAUAGUAGAUACAUAGUUGCAAAAUCUUUACGGUGCAAGCAGACGAACGAGGCAAAAUGAGGACUAGGAAACAGACUCGUGAGGAAGAAAAUGCGGCUGAGGCAAGGCCAACGGUAGUGUCUAUCACCAAAAUCGAGACUCCGACAAUCUCGCCUUCGAAGCGCGAAAUUACUCGUCCCAAUAACACACCGUCCAAGCUGCCUAAGCUGAUUCAGUUCCCGCUGGUCACUAUUCUGAGCCUAUCGCUCGCAGCGGUGGGCUACUCGUUAACGUGGCGAUACACCAAGGGUCCGAUAGCGCCGCACGCGAGGCUACUGACUACUUGGGAUGAUGUCGGAAUUGUUACGGGAUGGCGAGUGUUUGAACUCGCGCUGAGUUGGUUCGGUAACUACGACGGCUACGAUAUUACAGCGUUGAACCUCCUGUCCCACGGUCCUCUCCUCUACCUCCUAAAUACCUUCUAUGAGGUGCCUACCAGCGCCCUUCUCCUCACACUCGCCAUCGAGACCCUCGCGACAUACAUCCCCUUCCGCCUUCUACGUCCGCUUUCCAGGGUCCACGCCGACCCUAGCCAUGCGCCCAACGCAGACAUCGUCACGGACCGGCCCAUCGUGCUGCUCACCACACUCCUCGCAGGCGCUAUAUAUAGCGUGACGCUGUUCUUCGCAUACGCUAUGUACCUACCAUCAUACCUAGUCGUGUACUUCACCAAUCUGCCGUCCAUCGCGCCCGCACACGAAACCACCUACGUCGGCCUGCUCCCCGUAACGCUCGUUCUGGGAUUCGCAGCGCGCGCCUUCAUAUUCACGCCCGCCGAAGCGACGGCCUCAGCUAAGGACAAGCCGUUCGAUCCAGUUAACGCGAGUCUUCGCGAGACGGUGUGGUGGAAUUUCUGGGGCUGGAGCGCGCAGACCAAGGUCCUGAUCCAGCGCACGGCGCUGCUGAUGCUGAUUACGGGUGCGGAUACCUUCGUCCAGACGCGCUUCACGAUUAAAGGCGUUGAGACGCCUGGUGCGGCGGCUUGGAGCAGCGUGUGGGUGGCUGCAGCAGCGAUUACCGGGCUUGCGCUUGGUGCCGUUGCCGGUGUUUAGGUCCAGGUAGCUGGUUGAGGAGGAAAGGGAAAGCAGUGUAGGAUAAAAACAGAUAGUCACGGUAGUGGCAGUAACAAGUUAAAUCAUCUUGAGGUGUUGGACGGAAGGCGAUAAGCACAAUUGAUUAUAAAAUGGACAAAGGAAUGUAAUAGGGCGUACCGUGUCGGCAGAAUCAAAUGUCAUUAAGAGUUUCUGCUUUGUUAAUGUUUAUCUUAUAUUUUUCAAACGUACAUACCUAAGCUACCUUUUACAACUAGGCUAACCUAUAUUAUAUGUAUAUCAGACUUUAU